AUCCAUGGUGUGUGCGAGCAAUGGCAAUCGUAAAGAACGGCCAUACCUUCUCAGCAAGUGUUUUUUUUCUCGUUGGCGGUGCGUAAAUUAGACGUUUUGAAUCAUUUUUCAUCUUUCCUUCCUCGAGUCACUUUUUUCACUCUCUUCCAUAUGUGUGUGAUAUGGUACGUGUGUUUGUGUUUUUAUUUAUCAAUAACUCAAGGUACUGCUUAUAUACAACAUCAUUUAAUGGUAGAUCGAUUUUUGCCCCGCCAAUAGCAGUGUGCAGUGUGAAUUUAACUGAUUAGUGAGUGAAAAAUAAAAUUGACUAAGCAAACAAAAAAAAAUCCAGCGUUAUUAAUUUAGUUUAUGGCUGCAAACACCCAGUGCUGGGCGUAAUGUGCGUUGGCGGUUGUUUUCCCAGCUGUUGUUCAAGCAUGCGAAUCAAAUUUCAUUCCCAACUGUAACUUCAAACGUUUGCUAGAAACCAGUGAAAACAACAGCAGAAAGUGACGAUCGCAAGCGCCAGCGGUCCUCAUCAAUCGAUCGUUUUGUUUUUGUCGUGUAAGCUUUUGGGCCGUUUCGGUGGUGGUUUCGCGUGUAUGUUGUGCAAGGUGAAAACUGAAUCGACAGCACAGAGAUGGAUCGAACGUGCUACGGGAAGUUUGAUCCAGGAGCUCGCCAACCGUACCGCUGUACGCUAAGGGAUCGUGGAAUUGCACCAGGAUACGCACUACUUGCCGACCUUCAGAAUACGGUUCCCGGGCACAAUCAACAGCAUGGAGGUGGUGGAGGCGGUUCAUCUGUUCCCGGAUAUGGUAGCCUGAAUGGGGUCCGGAACAAGCAACAGACCAGUCCCAUUCCGCAAACAUAUCAAAACACAUCGUCUAAAACGGUCACUGAGACGCGUGCCACAAACGGUUACAAUGGAUCGCUACCUAGGUCGACGACACCGCACAACUCCUUGCCACGAUCAAGCACUCCACAGAAGUUGCAAACCUCCGCUUCCGGCAACCUUUCCGAACUGGACUCGCUGCUGCAGGAUUUGAGCAGUGCUCGAUACGGCAAUGUCGUCGAAAAACAACCUAAUAACGCCAUCGUCACUAGUCCAUCUCCGUAUGCCAUUAAUGAUAGCAUUAAGCGACCAUCGGUAGACAGCUUGCUGGAGGAGUUAAGCAAUGCGCACUCUAACCCAAUAUAUGCGGUUCCACACGGGAAUCAAAAUGCAAACCAUCCCGGUCGACAAGUCACGAUAACGGUUCGUGAAACGACCACCGAAAAGCUUACCGGUACACCAAGUGCACAGUAUCAAAAUCAGAUGUACCAACAACAGCUGGCCCAGAACGAAUCGCACACUUCGUCGGCCACGAAGGAAUUGGAUGAUCUGAUGGCGUCACUGUCGGAUUUCAAGAUCAGUGCCGGGACCUCGCAUCAGCACCAGUCGGUGACGGAUUACGCGAAGCCGAACCAGGGCACCUCGCACUACCAGAGUACGCUGACGACGGUUUCGACCACCGAACAUUUGCCACCGUCGUCCGAUCAGCUCGAUUCUAUGCUCGGCAAUCUGACCGCCGAUAUGAGCCGCCAGGGUGUAAACACAACGCAGAAAGGUUGCUGCAAUGCCUGUGACAAACCGAUCGUCGGACAGGUGAUAACGGCGCUCGGCAAAACCUGGCACCCGGAACACUUUACCUGCAGCCACUGCAACCAGGAGCUUGGUACGCGGAACUUCUUCGAGCGCGACGGCAACCCGUACUGUGAGCCGGACUAUCACAACCUGUUCAGUCCACGGUGCGCGUACUGCAAUGGACCGAUACUGGAUAAAUGUGUGACAGCGCUUGAGAAAACGUGGCACACGGAACACUUCUUCUGUGCCCAGUGUGGUCAACAGUUCGGCGAGGAUGGAUUCCACGAGCGCGACGGUAAACCUUAUUGCCGCAACGAUUACUUCGACAUGUUCGCACCGAAGUGUAACGGUUGCAACCGGGCCAUCAUGGAGAACUAUAUCUCCGCCCUGAACAGCCAAUGGCAUCCAGAUUGUUUCGUCUGUCGGGAUUGCCGCGAACCGUUCCACGGUGGCUCGUUCUUUGACCAUGAAGGAUUACCGUACUGCGAGACACACUACCACGCGAAACGAGGAUCACUGUGUGCCGGUUGCUCGAAACCAAUCACCGGCCGGUGCAUUACGGCAAUGUUUAAGAAAUUCCACCCGGAGCAUUUCGUUUGCGCCUUCUGCCUGAAGCAGCUAAACAAGGGCACGUUCAAGGAGCAAAACGAUAAGCCCUACUGUCAUCAGUGUUUCGAUAAGUUAUUUGGUUAGGCUUAAGGACUUUAACGGAAGCUAACGAGUACACUACUAUUCCCUCUCUUUUUCUGCGGAUUUUUUGUUUUUUUUUUUUACAAUUCAACUGUCUUCCCGGAAGUGCGUUUCUUCUCAUACGACACCACUACGUAUUUGUAUAACGUAACAACGCACAACAGACAACACGUUUCUACGAUAGACUAGUUUCAAGUUUAGCUUGAAAGGUUUUUUUUUAUUAUUUUGAAAUUAUUACAACAACUCUCUUUCCUAUUCGUUACACAAAAGCUGGUUUUUAGCAAUCGAAACAAAAACACACUUCUCUCGAGUACUUCUCUAAAGUAUAGCUUUGAUCGCGCUCUAGUGCGGCGUCAAUUAAUAUUAAUCUGAAUACGAUAAAGCAGUCAAGCAAUGAUGACCACUACCCGCAUACCGGCUUACCAAACAGACUUGUUUGGCCCACCUUUAGACGAAUUUGAGUUUUGUUACUGAUAAAGCUGACACGAAAAAAAAAAACACAUGUGUAUUGAAGUUGAAACUAACCACAAAAUGAUAAUUACGCAUUCAUAUAUGUAACCGGGUUUGUUCUCCGUUUUAUAUAACAUAAAAAGGCUGCAAAUCGAAUAGAACAUUGUACGGUACGUAUCGUAUGCCAUUCGUCCCUUAAGGCAUAUAAGCGCACGUCUAUAAUAAAUUAUCAGCGAAACACUUAACCUACAACACAACAAAACGGUAAAUGAUUGGAGUGAAAACGGAUUGGCUUAAUCUAGCUAGGCCAAGCGUCGUAUGUAUAUUAAAUAGCCAGCUGAACUGAACUGGAACACAAUUUAGGGGAGGAAAGUCGUUCUCCUCGUCACGAUUAAGCGUAUUAUUAACCCUUGUUAAACAUCAUGAGCCGGAGCGUAUUUUUAGUUUGUGUUUCAAAGUUUCCUAACUCUAUCGUUACAAAACUAGCAUUGCCAAUUCCAGAAGUAAAAUAGUCAACGUUCUAAUGAUACAUGUUAGCAAACGAUAACACGAUACAAUUUGCAAACACUUGCCAUUCAAACCUUUUUUAUCCGAUCAGGUCGAUGGUCUUUGAGUAGGAGAAAGAAAUAAAACGAAAACGUUUGAACUAAAAAUCAUUGUAACAUGUCAAUAAAACUUUGAACUGUUUGUUCAAAUCAA